AGAUAAUAUCCUUCAACCUAUCCUGUUCUUGGAAUGGGCAUUUUGUAUCAUCUUCCAAACGAGCUUGUGGCUCAUAUUUUCCUCUUUUGUACUUUUAAGGACAUCCUAUCCUUCCAGGCGACCUGCCGACUCUUUUACGAAAUUAUUACAACUUCCUCCUCUAUCCAAUACCGUAUCGCAUUGGAAAUAUCUGGAUUAGAGGAUAAUCCACAGCAUGAACUCAGCAUUCCGGACCGACUUCAGCUAUUGCAACGCAGAGAAGCAGCAUGGACCUUAUUUCAGCCGAAUUUCAUACAAACAGUACCCGUCAAGAACACCGCAGUGGUUAUUUAUGAGCUCUCAGGUGGAACUUACCUUCUCUCGGGCAUAUCUAGGGACUCGAUCAAUCAUCUCCGGCUUCCUUCCACUCCCAGUGACCCCACGCCAUGCUGGGAUCAUAUCCCAGUCACCGACGAGUUGCUGGACUUUGGCUUGGCCGUGACGGAGCACGAUUUGAUUGGUGUGUUGACGACAAGCUCAAAGGGUGUUGAUUCAACUCUCCAAAUACGCUUCCUUCAGCUUUCUACUGGCUUGCCCCACCCGCUCUCUAGGUCACCUAUGCGAUUUACCCAACACAUUCUUAUGGACAACCUAGGUGUUGGAAUAGAGAUCGUUGGAAAUAUAGCUGCGCUGGUUAUUCGGGAUGUUAGCUUUGGUCAUCACAAUCGUGACAAGGUAUUAAUCUUAGAUUGGAAACGUGGAAUAGUCAGAGCCGAGCUGUACAUUGAAUCCCGUCGAUAUCAAAGCGCCAUAUUUCUAACUCCAGAAUUACUGCUCGUUACCAACGCACAAGAAAGAUGCCUCGAGAUAUGGCGAAUCCCUCCCGAUUCUGGCGAAGCGGUGUCACCCAUCAUAUGUAAACAGCCCGCGCUAUCUUUGGGCCUCCCUGCAAUACAUCCUGGUUUCAUGGUAUCCGAGUUCGCCUGCAGAGGUGCUCCGAACCCUAUUCUGUCUAGCUGCGACACAUCCCGCCCUUUUCAUUCCUCGCCCAUCGAGUCGAUAAUGGUUUUCCACUUAACUAUAUCCCCGCUUGAUCCCCGUAUACCUAUCCCGUUCGUAUUUUUCGCCCAUCGACGAACCUUUCUGGAAAUUCUCGCCAAAGCUAAACUUGAUCCUGAGCCUCGAACGACACCCAUCCCAUGGUCGGGUUGGGGCCCUCCCAAAACACGAUGGCUUCGUGCCCGGUCUAUACCCACAGAAUGGAUUACCACCACGUCUGGGCAACGGUACGCAUAUGUAUCUAUGCACGCGCCCGCCCUGCCCCAGCCCGUAGUAGUCCUGGACUUCAAUCAAAAUCAUGUUAGAAAAGUUAUAGCUAACAUGAAGAAUCAUGUUCCUCCGUAUCAUGGUGUCUUUCCAAACGAAAUGAUAACGACCGAUGUGAGUUCAUUGUGGAAAAGGACAUGGAUUGACGAGACAAAGGAUACGUACGAGAAGAUGAAGGUAUUCGCUGAGGAUGUCGGGGGAUAUUUACCCUAUGUUGCUGUCAAGUCGGUGCAAACGUACGAGUUUCAUGGUGUAUUGAUGGAUGAUGAACGAAUCAUAGGUAUCAAGAGAAAUCAUGUUCUAUCUGGAGUUGAAAGUAUUGAGGUUAUACAUAUGGGAUAAAUUUGGAGAUUUGGAGGAUUCACAUUUCUACUCGUGAGUCAAAAGCAUAGAUAUCUUCCAACCCUCUCGGAACUUCGGUGUCAAUGCCAAUGCCAUUUGUAAUAAUAGUAAUGUGUGUACAAUCCAAUAUCCAAGGAAAGAAUAAAAACUCGAGCAAGCGUUCUUGGGGGUACCGCGGAUCGAACGCGGGACCUUCAGAACUUCAGUCUGCUGCUCUCCCAGCUGAGCUAU